AUGCCCUCGGUGCGGCACACGCGGUAUCGCCGCAGCCCUUCAGGCGUCACGGAUGCGUGCCCCUGCCAUUUUGCCUUCCUGAUUUCUGGAUCUGAGGUCUUCCCCCCGCCCCGGAGCUACCUUUGUGCCACUGAAAUUCCUAAGGACUCGUUGAAGACCAUUCUGUUGGAGUUAGAAUGUCACUUUACGUGGAAUUUACUCAAGGAAGACAUUGAUCUGUUUGAUGUGGAAGAUACAAUUGGGCAGCAGCUUGAAUUUCUUACCACAAAAUCCAGACUUGCUCUUUAUAACCUAUUGGCCUAUGUUAAACAUCUAAAGGGCCAAAAUAAAGAUGCCCUAGAGUGUUUGAAACAAGCAGAAGAAAUAAUCCAGAGAGAACACUCAGAUGAAGAAGAAGUACGAAGUCUGGUCACUUGGGGAAACUAUGCCUGGGUGUAUUAUCACAUAGACCAGCUUGAAGAAACUCAGAAGUAUGUGGACAAGGUAGGGAACGUCUGCAAAAAAUUGUCCAGUCCUUCUAACUACAAGUUGGAGCGUCCUGAGAUUGACUGUGAGAAAGGGUGGGCACUCUUGAAAUUUGGAGGAAAGUAUUACCAAAAGGCUAAAGCAGCUUUUGAGAAGGCUCUGGAAGUGGAACCUGACAAUCCAGAAUUUAACAUUGGCUAUGCCAUCACGGUGUAUCGGCUGGAUGAUUCUGACAGAGAAGGGUCUGUAAAAAGCUUUUCUCUGGGGCCUCUGAGAAAGGCUGUUACCCUGAACCCAGAUAACAGCUAUAUUAAGGUUUUCCUGGCACUGAAGCUUCAAGAUGUACACGCAGAAGCUGAAGGGGAAAAGUAUAUUGAAGAAAUCCUGGACCAAAUAUCAUCCCAACCUUAUGUCCUUCGUUAUGCAGCCAAAUUCUACAGGAGAAAAAAUUCUUGGGACAAAGCUCUUGAACUUUUAAAAAAGGCUUUGGAGGUGACACCCACCUCUUCUUUCCUGCAUCACCAGAUGGGACUUUGCUACAGGGCACAAAUGAUCCAAAUCAAGAAGGCCACACGCAACAGACCUAAAGGAAAGGAUAAACUGAAGGUUGAUGAGCUGAUUACAUUCGCUAUAUUUCAUUUCAAGGCAGCAGUAGAACGAGACUCUAUGUUUGCAUUUGCCUACACAGAUCUGGCCAACAUGUAUGCUGAGGGAGGCCAAUAUAGCAAUGCUGAAGACAUUUUCCGGAAAGCCCUUCGUCUGGAGAACAUAACUGAUGAUCACAAACAUCAGAUCCACUACCACUAUGGCCGCUUUCAGGAAUUUCACCAUAAAUCAGAAAAUACUGCCAUCUAUCAUUAUUUAGAAGCCCUAAAGGUCAAAGACAGGUCAUCCCUGCGUUCCAAACUGACAAGUGCUCUAAAGAAAUUGGCUACCAAGAGACUUUGUCACAAUCCUUUUGAUUUGCAAAGUUUAAGUGCCCUAGGGUUUGUUUACAAGCUGGAGGGAGAAAAGAGGCAAGCUGCUGAGUACUAUGAGAGGGCCCAAAAGAUAGAUCCAGAAAAUGCAGAAUUCCUUUCUGCUCUUUGUGAGCUCCGACUUUCCAUUUAAAUACAUUCUCUAGGAAAUUAGCUCUAAGGU